UGUGUGUAAAAGGAGCACUGACGAGAAGAAACAUCCACAGGUGAAGGUGAGGGUGAGGGGACCGAGCGCCCGGCAGACAGGCCGGGAAGUAGUCGAUCAAGUUUUCAUCUUUCCAAUGGGCUGAAUUAACCUUAACAUCCAUCCUCUCCUCUCGUCUCCUUUCCUUUUGUCCUUCCACCAUGAUCAGAGGCAGAGCUACCCACUAAUACUACCACUACCGCCUCCAAGAACAACAACUCCAGGAGCUCUGUCUUGCCCUUCCAUAAGAGUGUGUCAACAUCUGAACACUGGUUCCUGCAAACACCGGGCAAGCCGAAGAUGGAUCUGCAUAGCUUGACUGCUAUAGGGAGGAGCUGGGUGAGGAAGGUUGAAGGUGUGUUCCAAGAGGUGGAUAAUAUCAUGAAACAGAAUAAAUCAAAUCACAAUGCAAAGCUAGAAGAGCAAGCUACGAGUGAGAUGGUGAAAAAUUUAAGCACUGAAUUCACUCAAGAAGCGCGUUUUCCCGAAAGUUUCUCAAGAUCCGAUGAUCAGUUAUUUGAUAGAGAUGAGACUGCUGGAACUAGUAGCAUUUCUGAUGUUGAAGAGAAGCCUAUUCACGCUGCGAACUCACCUGCGAAUGUUGAGGGGAAUUCAAAUCAUACCACUACUUCAUUGGCCGAUGAUGAAGACAGAUCUGAUGAGGUUAAUAACUCAGAAGCGUGUUAUGUCAACACAACUGGACGAAACAAUUUUGAGCAAUCAGAGGUCGAGCUGACUGUCCCUGAGAAGGACAAUUCCGAAAUAGAAUCUAGCGGACCUGAUGCAGUGAAUCAAUUGGAUGAUCUAGCUCCUGCAGAUAGAAGUGAGCGUCAAUUGGAAAAGAUAUGCGAGUUCGACACCUUGGUUCGGGAGAACAGUCAAGAUGGAGAAGUAGCUGGUAAAUCUCAACUUGUCACUCCCAAUCCUGAGCAUCCAAUUGAAGGGACCAUAUCUGGAACAUGUCAGGGAAUCAAUGGAGACUCGACUAUGAUUGUUGGUGCAAAUGCCAUGAAUGCGAUGGUGUCUGCUGCCUUUGACUUGAAAUCGAUCCCUUCCAGUGCAGAGAGAUCAUCUGAUUCAUCUGGAUGCCUUGAGUUUCUCAAUGAUGAUUAUGGAACUGCACGUGGGCAAGAGGCCGGAAUUACUCUGGCAAGCUCAGUUAAUGGAAUGGAAGCACUUUCUAUACUCUCCCAUGAUGAAACUGACCAUGCAAUUCUCUCUGAACAGUCAUCAUUGACAUGUUCUGAGGAGAAGAGUUUGAAAUUGGGAUUUGAAAGGUUGAGUAAUCCUCUGCUGGCGGAAUCGGCCAGCGAUUCUAGUGCAUUGGACAAAAGCUUCUCUAGAAAAAUCAGUCCUGAUAUCUUAUUUCAUGCUGAGGAGUGUGAUCCUGACAGUUCAUCUCUGCUCCCAUAUUCUCUGUCCAGCACAACUGACAAUUCAGGCUAUGAUCACUUCAGCCUUGACAUGGAAACGAUUGAUUUGACUGAUGAGGUGGAGGAGCUCGAGGGGGAUGGUGACAUUAUCAACAGUAAGGAACUAUAUGCUCUGUCUCUAAGAGUCCAAAAUCUUCGAUCAUUCAAGAAAAAACUGCGGGAUGCAUUCAUUCCAAAGAAGAGAAUAGCAAAGGAGUAUGAGCAUCUGGGGAUCUGGUACGGGGAUAUCGAUAUCAAGCUAGUCAAAGAAACCGGACUAAUCCCUUCUACAUCAGCAGCUCCUAUCCUUUCAGACUCAAAGAGUUUACAAAAACACGAGCUAACCGAGUCUGAAUGGGUUCUAUUGUAAGUUACAAAGACUGUCCAUUACAGUAUUUGUAAAUUACAAAUACUGCCCAUUACAGUUGAGCAAACUGAUUUGCUUUCGGACCGGUUGAGUUGAACAGCUAUUUACGUGUACAGUGAAACUUGCGGCAUUAGAAAAAAUUUCCAUUAUAAUGAUAUCGAGUUGAUUUUUCAGUUCUGGUAGUGGUAGUGAGUGUUCCUGUUAUGGUGUGACCUUUUACGGACAAGUACUGGUUCUGUAGAAGUGGAGAGAAAAGGAAUGCUUUUCAGUUUCAAAUUUCUGAAAUGUAGAAUAAAACAACGAAAGGUUCCUGCACA